UGAAACCCUCUCUACCAAAGCCUCCAAAACCCUCUUCCUAAACCCCUAUUCUUCUUCUUCUUGAGGGAGAGGGAGAGAGAGAGAGAGAUGGGAAGUGACAGCGAGACAGAGAAAUCACUGAAGGAGAAGAAGAAGAUAAUGGCGUUGGCACCAAUAGCCAAACCCCUUGCAGGGAAGAAGCUCUGCAAGAGAACUCUCAAGCUCGUCCGAAAAGCUUCUGAGUCCAAAUGUUUAAAGAGAGGAGUGAAGGAAGUGGUCAAGAGCAUCCGGCGUGGUAACAAAGGAUUGUGUGUAAUAGCUGGAAACAUUUCUCCAAUCGACGUGAUCACGCAUGUACCCAUCUUGUGUGAAGAAGCUGAAAUCCCAUACAUAUACGUUCCGUCGAAGGAGGAUCUUGCUACCGCAGGAGCCACCAAGAGGCCUACAUGCUGUGUUUUGGUGCUAACCAAACCUACCAAGGGGGAGUUAGGCCAGGAAGAACUAGAAAAACUGAAGGCAGAUUACACCCAAGUUGUAUCAGAUGUGAAUGAACUCACAUCUUCCCUUUUCUGAAGAUAGAGAGAAACAAAGCCAAUGGCACUUGUCCUGGCUUUUGGCUCUGCCAUUUUGAAAGCGUGUGUUAUAUACAACAAUGCUAGUGCUAUUUAUUCAUGCAUGGAUAACACAAUCUAGCUGGCCUUUGGUGGAGACAUGGCAUUGAAAGAGAAGGCUUGGCCAUGGCAUUAAUAGGAUGUAAUGUGCCCGUUUUUAGGAUAUUAAUCAGGUUUUACA